AUGGCGCCUUAUAGGAGGAGCAAAAAGCCGCCACCCGAAGGAUGGGAGUUGAUCGAACCAACAAUCGAAGAAUUGAACAGGAAAAUGCGUGAGGCUGAAACUGACCCUCAUGAGGGAAAACGUAAGGUUGAGGCUGAAUGGCCAAUAUUUCGCAUUCAUCAUAAGAGGUCUCGGUUCAUUUAUGACUUGUAUUACAAACGAAAAGCUAUUUCUAAAGAGCUGUAUGAAUUCUGCAUCAAAGAGAAGAUAGCCGACGCAAAUCUGAUCGCCAAAUGGAAAAAGCAAGGAUACGAAAACUUAUGUUGUUUAAGGUGCAUCCAAUCUAGAGAUACAAAUUUUGGAACUAAUUGCGUAUGUCGAGUACCAAAGUCAAAGUUAGAAGAAGGUAAAGUUGUUGAGUGUCAAAGUUGCGGUUGCCGUGGCUGCUCUGGCUAAUCAAUGAGUCUGCAUCUACUGAAACUUCAAAAUGGAUAUUUAUGAAGAAUUAGAACAAAACUUAACUGGUUGUUUCAUACUCUUGCCCACUGGUCUUUUUCGAGAGACGUGAUUUGUGAUUUUUCUCUGCAAACAGAAAAAUUAAUUCUAUACCAAGAUAAUGAAGAUACGUGGAUUACCUCUAGUAACAAGAUCUUAAAUGUACUACCCAUUAUUCCUGUUCUAAUUACCUUAGGUAACUGCUUGUAACCUGCAUAGUAGUUCUGCGUAAUUGAUUUAUCUUUGUACUAUAAACCAAUUAUAUUUAGAUUUUCGGAUAUGAUCCCAAUCUUUUCUCAUGACUUUACAAUACACCCACGACCUGUUGAGAAACCAGCCUGCUCCUCACUAGUCAGUCAUAGGUUUUAGAUAAUCUGCAGAGCAUGAUGGUAGCCAAUUAUUCGGAAGUAUUUUUAUCCCUUUAUACCUGUCACAUUGAUGACUGGAGCCCUUUUUAAAGAUGAGAAUGACAAUCGCCUUAUUCUAUGUUGCUGAAACGCUUUCUCUCCGAACAACUCAGUUUCCGGUCUAGAAGUUUUCCAGUAUCCUUAGGAAGAGCUAAGCGUUAGGUCAUCUGGGCCUUGUGACUGGGCUUUGCAAGUUGAAGUUCCCAUUGACGGGCCAGUGAUCACUGGCCAGAAAAAAACAUGGCAAUCUGGUGGACGCUUUAGAGACGACAGAGCUGAAAUGUCUCACGAGGUUCCUUUGAACGUUACGAAAUCCCUUUGAUGGAUUAGUAUCUCAACAUGGAUAAAAAAUUUCCUUCGGUUUUACAAACUAUCGUCAUUUGUGUUGUUUGAGAGAUAACCGUCGGGUGUUUAAAAGAAAAUAAAAUCACAGGUUCAGUUUUUGAUUACUUUAUGUUUGUGAAAUAUAGAAUAGAAGUCAUGCGUAAUAUACCGUUUUUUGAUCAACUGUGUCUUCCAGACUUUGGUCGUGUAUCGCUGAAUAGCGUAGUAAAUAAUUCUGUCGUUAGGUGUGGGGUACUAGGCAGUUGUUGUGAAUUAGUUGGAGGCUGUGAAUUCUGAUCAACUGGGAUGUGUUAUAUAUGACCAACCACCGCCUACACCGGUUUGGAAUGUUGGCUGGUUAAUGUAUAGAGGUGCCUCAAAAAAGAUAUGGUAUCAAACCGAUUAUAUUGUCUAGCAAACUACUUCCCUUUUGGUAUUAAAUUUGUCACUUACCAUCAUUUAGCAGUCAAUGUAUUCUUUCUACCACACUAUAUGCAACAGAACGAUAAACAGCUGUUUGAAUCCUACAAGUUAAGCUGUCUACUGAAAUAGCUUUCUAACUGUGAACCCUUGCUUACAGUUAUUAUCGUUCGUACGUACGUUGAAGAUUCGAUGUUAGAAGAUAUUCUUUACAACUACUGCAGAAAUUUGUUUAAGGGACAUCACAACCAACCUGGCAAAUUACUCGCUAAAGUUGGAAAUUAAAUUUCUUACUUGAUAGGGUAUUACAAUUGUAUCAUUAAUUUAUCAUUAUAAACAAUUGUUAGGAAUGCGCAAUCUCCGAUUACAACUUACGAAAAGCAAAUCAAUAUCGACUGGGUUUGUACUGCGUUACAGUAAAUUAUUCAGUGUGAACGCUGUCCAUUUAAUUUCAAGAUAUUUAUGGUAACGAUAAUCACUCAGUUUGAAUGUGCUAGUCAUUUUUGUUGAUCUAUGACCGAUAAACUUAAUGCACUUGGAUUGAUUAUACUGGGUUAAUAUAAAAAAGCUUCAUCCACUAAACUGAUGCUUUUACUCUAGUUAGUGGGGUAGGAAAAAUUAAAGGAUAGAAGGAAUCUUCUUUACAAUCGUGGCAAUGAAAUUAUUAGCACAGCGUAUAAACCUAUCAAGGAUUCACUGAAUGCUCGCUUCAAAUCUUGACAAUAAAACUGUUGGAGAGAGGUAAUGUUUUGAUCAUAUCAAGAUGCAUUAAUCAUAUCUAUGGACUUUUACAGAGAAUUUAACUGCAGAAAGAAUGACGUGUUAAGUAAAGAGACGAGGGUGAAAACUAGAUCUUACUUGACGUUAUAGGCAACUUUCAAAGAGGAAACUAAGUAAAAAAUUUCAUACAUUUUGUAAGUCCAUAAUUAAGAAAGCAAAAUCUACCUAAAUUAAGGUGUUUUGCUACAUCUAAUUAUAAUUUCGUUUGUAUUGAGUUCUUUUAUAUGCCAUUAAAAAUAAGACCACAAACUUCGUUACUGUAUUCAUCAUACGGCCGAUAAACCAAAAUAGUCGGAAGUAUCUUUGCAUUAUCUAAUCAUUAUAUCAGUAAGAUGCAAACCAAAGUGUAUCGUAAAUAAUAAACCUCAGUCAGUAACAACGUAGAACUUCGUACUUACAUACAUCAGUUCUAGUAGCCAUACAACAUUAGAACAGAGAUGCAAUUGUCGAUCCAAAUCCCGUAGUGGUAGAGUUAGUAAGAGUAUAAGCAGUAAUCGAGAAGGGUUUGAAGAUGUUAUUCAAGGAGUAUAAUCCAGUGAAAUAAAUUUAGAAAGAGAAAAAAAGGGAUGUGAAGAAUUCAGAAGAUUAAAGUUUGGGAGAACACAAAGAGUGGAUGCACCUGCGCCAUUGCAAACGAUUUUGAGCCAUGUCAUUCAGGGUCUCUUACCAUCGGUUGCUAUCAUCUAGCGGUCCCUAACCAGGUAGUCUACACCUACCAACAUGACUCAGUCCACUUUUCAGUGACUUAAUGAACUUGUGCCAUGUUUUGGUCUGGCCGCUCCUAGCUUUCUUCCAACCUACUCCUAUUCCAUUGAGCAUCACAUGUCGAGGCAGUCGGUGGUUGGGCAUACGUAACAUGUGUCCCAGCCAUCUCAACUGAUGACGUUUUACUACCUCAUCAGUCGAUUUGCCAUCCUUACCUAGUACCCGUUUCCUAACAACUGCGUUACUUACUCGAUAGUCCCAGGAUAUACGAGCAAUGUUUCGAAGACACCUAUGAUCAAAUACUAGUAACCUACGAAUAUCCUCUACUCUUACCGGCCAUGUUUCACUGCCAUAAAGUAGGACGGAACGAACUGCUGCGCAGUAAACACGUCUUUUGAUUGAUAGACGGAUAUCUCGCCUACGCCAUAAAUGAUGCAAGUUGGAAAAAUCUACAUAAGCACUAGCACGUUUUUGAAUAAGAACGGGUAUGACAAAUAUUUAGUUAAUAGAUAUGACAGUAACUGGUUAGCCAAAAAAUACCGCUUAGCUCUUACUGUAUUAGCAUUUCAUUAAAUUAUUGUUCGUUAAACAUUCACCAAAGAACGUGGUUAUCCACGUAGUAUAUUUCUGUUUCCC